UUCGAGCCAGCCAACCAGACAGUGAAGUGCGACCCGCGGCACGGCACGGCCAUGGCGUGCUGCCUGCUGUACCGUGGGAACGUGGUGCCCAGGAAUGUCAAGGCUGCCAUCGUCGCCAUCAAGACCAAGCGCAGCAUCCAGUUCAUGGACUGGUGGCCCAGCGGUUUCAAGGUGGGCAUCAACUACCAGCUGCCCACAGCGGUGCCCAGCGGGGAGCUGGCCAAGGCGCAGCGUGCUGUGUGCGUGCUGAGCAACACCACGGCCGUGGCCGAGGCCUGGGCCCGCCUGGACCACGAGUUUGACCUGAUGUGCGCCAAGCGGGCAUUCGUGCCCUGCUACGUGGGGGUGGGCAUGGAGGAGGGGGAGUUCUCGGAGGCGUGGGAGCCCAUGGCUGUCCUGGAGAAGGAUUACGAGGAGGUGGGGGCCGACAGCAUGGGGGGCGAGGAGGAGGGCGAGGCAUACUGGUCCCUGUGCCUUCUGUCUGCUACACCGCGGUGCUGUUCACUGGAAUUGCUCUUUCCAGUCUGGCCUCGUUUCUUGUCCCAGCACAAUCUGCCUGGCGGUGACCUGGGGGGACAUCCCCAGGGGAGGGGGGGUCCUGGCUGA